AGACAGAUUAUAUUUGACGUUUAUAUCUUUAUUAUUUCUCACCCAUUUCCGUUUCUUUUUAACAAGAACAUUAGCAAGAUGAAAAUCGGUUUGUGUUCAUUCAGCGGGUAUAAAAUUUACCCUGGUCAUGGAAAAACCAUGGUCAAAAUUGACGGGAAGAGCUUCACUUUCCUUGAUAAAAAGUGCGAGCGUUCGUACUUAAUGAAACGUAAUCCACGUAAAGUAACCUGGACCGUACUUUAUAGACGCAAGCAUAAGAAAGGAAUUGAGGAGGAGCUCAAGAAAAAGCGUACCCGCAGAACACAGAAAUUCCAACGCGCUAUUGUUGGUGCUUCUCUGGCAGAAAUUAUGGCAAAGCGGAACAUGAAGCCUGAAGUACGUAAAGCUCAGCGAGACCAAGCAAUCAAAGUUGCCAAGGAACAAAAGCGCGCCACCAAAGCUGCGAAGAAAGCUACAGCACCAACACCAGCAAAAGUUAAGUCUGCUCCUAAACAGAAGGCAGCCAAGGUUUCUCAGAAAUCUGCUCCAAGAGUGGGAGGGAAACGAUAGAAAACAUGAUCGUCGUUUGAAUAGGAAGUGUUUAUAUGUGGAUAUAAUUAAACAAGAAAUUUCAUA